AUGGCUAUCGCAGAGCUCGUAACCGCACAGCCAGACAUCGGCUACACGCCCGAUUUUGAUAAAUACAUCGCACGUGUCAAGAAGAAUCUUGCAACCAAGAGCCUCGACAAGUCUCUACCUCCCGGUUUUCCGUCGAAGCUGGAGUCGAAUCUUGUUUGGGAUAACACCGACAUAGCUUCGCGCUUCGACUGGGCGUAUCAACUCUCAACAUCAGACCUAGACGAAUUAGAAGCAGCACUGCAGCACUUCAAGAGCUUGGGAAAGCCAUUGGGCUAUUUGAAUCAAGACACAUUUCCAUUGCCAAAGCUGCACUCCAAACUCCGGGCUAUCUCGAACGAGAUCCAUAAUGGCUUCGGCUUUCAAGUCAUUCGCGGCCUCCCCGUAUCUACUCACUCACGCGAAGAUAUUGUCGCCAUCUACGCAGGGUUGGCCUCGCACAUAGCUCCUAUACGUGGACGACAAGACCAUCUCUACGACGGAAAGCCUGCUGAUGUCGCUAUGAACCACAUCAAGGAUCUCACUGCCAUUUACGACGCGAGUAAGAUUGGCGCGCCAGCGUACACAUCGGAUAAGCAGGUCUUCCACACAGAUUCAGGGGACAUCAUUGCGCUGCUGUGCCUGAACGAGGCUGCUGAGGGAGGCCAGAGCAAAGUGAGCAGUAGCUGGCGCGUGUACAACGAGUUAGCAGCGACAAGACCCGAUCUUAUCCGGACGCUGGCAGAAGAUUGGCCGGUUGAACUUUUCGGCGACAAGGACAAAGCAUUUGUCAACCGCCCACUCCUACACUACCAACCACAAACAGGCACAGAAUCAAAGGCGAGUUUUUACAGGAUGCUAAAACCGGAGCGCCUGAUCAUCCAGUACGCCCGCCGAACUUUCACUGGCUUCCAAGGCCUCCCGCGCUCAGCAAAUAUCCCGCCCAUAACCGAAGCGCAAGCUGAAGCCCUCGACACGCUACAUUUCCUCGCGGAAAAAUACGCACUGGGGCUGGAGUUCAAGCAGGGCGACGUACAGUUUGUCAAUAACCUUUCCGUGUUUCACGCACGCGAUGGCUUCACCAAUACAGCUGAGAAACAGAGACAUCUCGUUAGACUGUGGCUCAGGGAUCCAGAGAACGCGUGGAAGACCCCGGAGAUACUACAGGAGCGGUGGGAUAAGGUGUAUGCUGGGGUGAGUGCGGAGAAUCAGGUUUUCCCGUUGGAGCCGUAUAUUAGGACUUCAAGCUUGGGGGGCAGCGAGAAGAAGUAG